UUCGAAUUGAGACGUUGUACGCGCGCGUUUAGUGUUGUUGGCCGGUUCUUCGUCGAUGUUGAAGUCCCCGUCGAAGUGGAUUCCCACACGUGUGUUAGGUGGUUUGAAUGGUUUUUAGAAUAUCUCAGGCAAUGCGCAACCGUUCAUGCAUAUCCCUAUGCAAAGUGUGUUUUGCGCGGUUACGAUUGUGAAUUUGCCAUUUUAAACAGUGUACAUCGAGUCGGUUCGAUCGAGAGAGUGGAUACAUAUUCCAAGCGUAUAAAUACAAAGUGACAUAAUAAUCAUCAUCAUCAUCAUCAUCAAGAGGAGCAGCAGCCUCUAAAGUUCGCCGCAGCAUCUUCACGAGUGACUGUCCCGACUCAGCAGGUCUCUGAAGGGGUUUUCAUCAGCGCAUCUUCAAUCCCGGCACACAACAGCUCAACAUCAAGAUCCGUAGUACUUGCAAGCGUAAAGUGGUGUGAGGCGAACAAGAAGCAUUCAUUGAAAGUGAGAGUCCACCGCGCGUGUCGUUCGCAUUUUGCGUGGGGACGGUUGGGCUGAGCUGCCUUCAGGAAGACGUCGGCGCAGCGCCGGAGGAGGGCAGCACGCGAAGAUGUUUCUACGACGGUCAUCACUGGCAGUGCUGGUCAUAUUUGGAUACUUGCUAAUUAUAGAUGGUCACGAAGAGAGUGUCGUGCGAACAAAACGGCGCGGACGGAAACCACGCGUUUCGGUCGUAUCGCAGCGAGUGGACGAGGAGCCGAGCCAAAGUUUGGACAGCGGGGACACCUCUGGGGACGUCUCGCCGGUGGUGCCGCCGGGAUUCUUGAGCCCCUCGGUGCAGGAGUACCUGGAGCUGGGAAAAUCUAUUCCAGGUCGCCCCGGAACGGACUAUCCCAUCCUGGCCGCCGUACCGUACACCAAUUUCUACUGCGAUGAACAACCCUAUCCAGGCUUCUUCGCCGACAUGGAAACUAGAUGCCAAGGUUGGCACUAUUGCGACAUCGACGGCCGGCAAGCCACGUUCCUGUGCCCCAAUGGAACGCAAUUUUCGCAGGCCGUCUUCGUGUGCGAUUGGUGGUUCAAUGUCCGCUGUGACCUGUCCCCGCGGUUGUACGCCAUCAACGCUCGCCUCUACCAGCGCCCGAAGGUAAACCCCACCCGGAAGCACCGAGUCAUAACGAAGCAGCUGGUGGAGGAUAUCUUCAACAAAUAGGGCGUCUGGCGCCCGGACAGGACGCGCCGCGGGACGCGCAAAGCUGGAUCAGUGCAUCCAUGCGGGAUCCAUCCCAGUUCCUUUUGGGUUCAGAUGGGAAGCGAAACAUAGAAUGGGGAUGAAUGAGUUUGGAUUAGUUGUUCUUUAUUUUGUUUUCUUUGUAAAGAUGUGAAUGAGAUUGGGAUUUCCGCGGGAUGAAUGAGAGAUUUUUAGCCAACGAGGAAUUUUCUAACUUUUGCAGUCGUGUUCAACUCGCGAUGCCAAUAUUCAACGUUGAUUAUUAGGGUGUGGACGGCUUCAGUUGCAUUUGUUUAAAUAUGUUUGGUUACGUGAUAUAUGUUCAUACUUACAUAUUUAUUAUUAUUAAAUUCAAAGUGAACAAAACCUUCUAGAAAAAAAAUAGUGAACAAGUUAUGUGAAGGCCGGAUAACUCGAACAGUCCCUUAGGAAAGUAUUUUUAAUGAAAAACAUAAUUCAACAUGUUGUAAACAAACAUUGGAAGGCAAAUUUCUAAUAAGGGAAUUUGUUUAGGAGAGAACGCUAGCAUUCUACGGAAUCCAUAAAACGAUGUUACAACAUAAAUAACGCAAACGAAUUAUGAAAAAUAUUAAACUUUUAUCUAUCUUCUGUGAUCAGACGAUUUGUUACUUGGAAAAGGGGUCAUCUUAAUUUCAAAACAAAACUU